UGAAUCAGUCUCAACAAACUCUCGAUGAGGGUGGGACGAAGUCAGGCAAGGCGUACGAUGUUGUUAUAACUUUGUUAUACUUCAUAUAGCCCGUAAGACCUGAUCCUCGAUCUCUACCUUAGUUAAUUAUUUAUAUUGUUUAUUAAUCAAGGAUAUUCCGCGUACACAUAAUGGAACAACUCGUUUGUAGUGAAGGUAAAGUUGUGGUUAGAAGGAGCCAUCCUGAUCCCGUUCUUCUCAGAGACCAGCGUGUUUUGGAUCGACUUUUGAAACUUGAGGACCAUUUUUUGCCGCGGUGUGAUUAUUUCAAGAUUGUACAGAAGGAAAUUAAGCCAUUUAUGCGAAGGAUGGUGGCAACCUGGAUGUUUGAGGUUUGCGAGGAACAGCGAUGUGAAGAAGAUGUAUUCGCUCUAUCUAUAAAUUUUCUGGACAGAUUUCUAUCGACCAUGUCGGUACAAAAAAGUCAUCUGCAAUUGUUAGGAACUUGCUGUAUGUUCGUUGCAAGCAAAUUAAAAGAGACUGCUCCUUUAACAGCGGAAAAGCUUGUUAUUUAUACUGAUAGCUCAAUUACACUUGAAGAACUUUUGAACUGGGAAAUUCUUACGCUAAACAAACUACGCUGGGAUUUGAAUGCAGUUACUCCGAAUGACUUCAUAGAACAGAUAUUCUGCAGAUUAAAAUUAUCGCAGCAAAUAGACUUAACAUUAGUGAGAAAGCACGCAAAAACUUACGUGUCUUUAUGUUGUAUAGAUUUCCGUUUCGCCUUAACCCCACCAUCAAUGAUUGCAGCUGCAGCCAUUUGCGUUGCAUUUCAUGGACUAAACAAAUCAAUUGGACUUGUUUGCCCAACAAGACAAGAACUUCUUUCUAUGAUGCAUGAUAUAACUGGAGCAGAAGAGGAAUAUCUUUCCCAGUGCCAAGUUUUGAUGGAAGAUGUACUGAACUUGAACAAAAAUAACAACAACAACGAAGAAGUGAAUCAAGGAGACCAACCAAUAACACCAUCAGACAUUCGAGAUGUGCAUUUCUAACAAGAUUUGCCAUAGUUGUUCCCAGACCUCUCCUUGAUCUGGCGUUACGAAUUAGCAAUCGGGUUCUUGCGUUUAGGAAGAUUCAAGGCCAGUUUGAGAACCGCUUUGAAUCGGUGUGUCAGACAGAAACCUUUUUAACGCAGACCUUUGAUUUCCCUGUGUUUACAACGAGAAAGCAUUGCUAGCCAGGAUCAAGGAGGGGUGGGGAAUCCGCAAUGCGGGUAGCUGGAUGAAUCGAAGCACCCAUUACCAUCGUUUUAGGCUAGUUCCUAUUAGAACUCCCUGAGAGGCAACAAGGAGGCCUGUCUUUGUCCUAGAUGUUAGUGUUCAAAAGCAAUUUGUAAAAAUAUGAUUUGUUUAGAGUAGCUUUGUAGACAAUUGAAAAUGAAAGCAUUGGUUGAGCUGGCUCCGCCAUGUUGCCAGGAUAUCUAAGACAGAAACUGGGUGGGCCAGUUUCAGUUGCCUCUCUUUUGAGCAGCCUCUUUUGCGAACUGCAUCGUUUCAUUCGUCAAAGUUUAUACAUACCCCUCAAUACUUUAAACAACUCCGAAUCCCCUUUCAUAGCAUUUUACAAUUUACAGAAAUCACCCAGUCUGUUUAAAGCUAAGUUAGGGCUAUUUAUAAUAUUUAUUAUACCUAUCAAUAUUUCACAAACUAAAAUUUACGCGUUAUGUCUCCUUUGGAUCGAAAUCCUUUUUCUCCUCCAUCUUUUAAUUUUAACAAAGAACGUAGCAGUUAGUUACUUUGAAUGCGAUCACACACAACUAGUUUCGAACGCCAAUGAAGAUGUCUUAAACUUGCGAUAAGCGCUGUAUCUGCCGUUAUGUCACGCUUGAUAGUCAUGUCCGCAUUCCGUUGCGUCGCUGUGUGCGCUGCAAUUCCGUCGUACAAGUUGCAGUUGCUCGUAAUGCGAUGUUACCGUGACUGUGGAGUGGGACUAUAGCGAGCUUUGUAACUGCUGUUUUCGUCCAACAGCUGCCAACAUCAUUUGAGCAUGGGUUAAAGUUAAUUGUGGGCAAAGCGAUCAAUCAAGCCAUAUCAUUUCAGUAAACGAGGUCGAAAUUGAAACCGAGGUCAACAUUACAAGCAAUUCCCAGCUCUUGUUUUGUUUUUCAGCCCUCUCUUUAAUUCCCUCACUUCUUCAAUUGAAUUUUUAGCGUAUUUUCACAUCAUAGUCACACCAUAGUUAAGUAUUCUUAAGCUUUCCUUUUCCAACGGGCCUAACGAUUUUAAUUGAUAUGGAAAACUUACGAUUACAAAUAUUGAAACUAUUAUCGGCCAUUCGUAUUCGCCAUGUAGCAUAAGUCUGCAUCGAAUUUCACAAAUACUUAUUAGCCUGGCUGUCGUUGAUUUACCUAUGAUCUUUCAAAAGGCCAAUCAAAGGCACGUUUGCGUUGCAUCUCUUUAGGGAUUCCGAGCGACUUAAAAUGUGUUUGCAUUUCUUUAGCUCCCGUGAAAAUUGUUUAACGGCAACCAACAAAAUUGUUUAAACCCAAACCAUUUGUACUGGACAUUAAAUUGAGUGAUCCUCCACUGAGCCCUUAGCAAAUAUAGGCGCUGCAAUCUGGAUAAACAGAAUUUUUGUAAUUGAAGAGAAUUUUCUUUUUGGGGCUGUUAUUCUUUAUUACGUGGGUGUUCUAAGCUUCGCCUAUCGUAGAGUUAAAGUCUGGCAGGACCGGUUUCUUUAAAAGACUGGUUCCUUUUAGUUUUGUUCUUCUGUUCAUUAUGAUAUCCUAAUGCUUACGUGGAGACAUAAACAAACCCAAGGCCUGCACUAUAGAUUUAUUCCAGUUUCAUUCCUCCUCGCCCCUUAGAUCCCCACCGGCCUUUUUACUUGUGUAAGACAAAAACGCCUGUAUGACAGGGUUUGUAUAUAAGACAUUUUGAAGACUGGGGUUUAAAGCACCCUUUUCUCGAUAAACUUCGGCAUGGGCUCUCGAAAUGUGAUGAAUGAUUGAUCGUUUAGGCCUGACAUAAAGACCUGUCGCGACUUUUUUACUUUUAACUGAAAUUUAGUCUUGAGAGAACUGGAGAUUAGAUGUGUUAAUUUUAAGUUUGAACUUCGUGUAAGAUGUACAUAUGUUUUUAUAGAGUCAUUUUUAACAGACAUUUUUCCAAUCAUGUGAACCAGUUUUAAUGAUGAGCCGUUUUAAAUAUAUGUUUUAGUUUUAGUUCACAUAUUUCUCCGGCUACUUUUUUUCACCCUAAUUUUGUAUGUAAUCAGGGCCAUUUCAGGGUUUGAAUAUCAAACAUAAGUAAUACAGAGAAAA